GAAAAUAAUUGAAAUAAUAGUUUUUUUUUUAAUUUAUUUUUGAACCGAGUUAUUAUCACAAUAAAUUAACAAACUAAGAAUCUGACUUUCUUUAAAUCCCAAAAAUAAUCAAACAGCAGUUCUAAAAAUUUGCAUUUCUUUAAAUUCGUUAAUUUGAAGAACCAAACCAGAGAAAUCAAAAUCAAAGUAAAUGAAAACCAAAACGAAGCGUUUGAAGAAGAAGAAGUUAGGGUUACCAGCUGUUAUACUUGUAUGCUCUGUCUUUUUCGUCGCCGGAUUCUACGCUUCCACUUUAAUCUCUCAGGAUGUGCCUGUUAUUAAACCAAGAUUGAGAAUGCUUGAAGUUACGGAUGAAGAGAAGCAUCAGGCUAUGCCACGUGGCGUUACUGGAGAAUCUUAUAUUGAAUCAAUUCCAUUUCAGGUUUUAAGCUGGAAACCAAGAGCUGUUUAUUUUCCAGACUUUGCAACCCCAGAACAGUGCAAAAAUAUAAUUGAAAUGGCAAAGUUGCGCCUAAAACCAUCUGGCCUGGCUUUGCGAAAGGGAGAAACUGCUGAGAGCACUAAGGGGACCAGAACAAGUUCAGGUACAUUUCUUAGUGCAUCAGAAGAUGGAACUGGAACCUUGGACUUUAUUGAGCACAAAAUCGCAAGAGCUACAAUGAUCCCAAGGUCCCAUGGGGAGGCAUUCAAUAUAUUGCGUUAUGAAAUUGGGCAGAAGUAUGAUUCGCAUUAUGAUUCAUUCAAUCCAGCAGAAUAUGGUCCACAGAUGAGUCAAAGGGUUGCUUCUUUCCUGUUGUAUUUGUCUGAUGUAGAAAAAGGUGGAGAAACCAUGUUUCCUUUUGAGAAUGGCGUAAAAAUAAGUUCAGUCUAUGAUUAUAAAAAAUGCGCUGGUUUAAAAGUGAAACCUCGGCAAGGUGAUGGGAUUCUGUUUUACUCACUGCUUCCAAAUGGUACAAUUGAUCAGACAUCUCUUCACGGAAGCUGCCCCGUUAUUGAAGGCGAAAAAUGGGUAGCAACAAAGUGGAUUAGAGAUCAAGUGCAAAUGGACUAAAUUUGUGAUGUUACUAUCAUCAUUCUUGUCAUUGUGACACCUUAUGGACUGUUCCACAUAUCUGCAAUGGAACUAACAUUUAGAAAUGUGUAAAUAUUUUUACAUGAAAUAUGAAACAAAUGUCAAUGUAAAGAGAAACUUUUUCACCUCAUUUGUCUUAACUUUUGGUCGAUAGAAACUCUCUCUCGGGCAAUGUCUGGUUGAUCCAGAAUUUUGCAGAGUUUCUAGCAAUUGUUGGGGGAUAAAUGCUCCGUCGGUGCUAAAUCUUUAGACUUAAUAUUCAAUUGGUACCAAUAUUUCAA